AGGGUACAAAAGAGCCAGGGAGAGGUGGAGCGGACAGCAGCGGCAGCCUCUGCCUCUCCAGCGGGCAGAGGGACAGGGGCGCUCUCCUGCACCGUUGCUGCCCUCACCCUGUCUGAUUACUGAUAGGAUUUCCUACUCCCCCACCCCACUGGAGAGAAACCCGUCCUUGCGGCUUCCCCCUGCGCUGCCGGAUCCCCCAAGCCAAGCAGCAGAGCCUCGCAUCGGGCUCCUCAGUGACAAGAAGGAGAAAAGGUUACAGAGCUAGCUGCCGAGCUCCCCCGCUCUCUCUCUCCUUGGAUGGGCAGAAAGAACAUGAGCAGGACAAGUGGAAACUCUCUCUCCUGGGUUUUCUCCUACCUCUGCCUGGGGACGUUGGUUUCUCUGACGGAUGCCAAAGGGACCUAUUACCACCACCCCGCCCCUGUCUCUUACAGUAACCGAUACAAUCUUUACACCUCCGGAUCGAGCCCGCAGCUCAGCCCCGGGAAGCCCAUGGGGAAGCACAAGAGCUACUGUGCGUAUGUGGUGCAGAGAAAUGUGACAUGCACCCUGCAGGAUGGGGUGGAGAGCUACGUGAAGGCAGAGUAUCACAAGUGCAGCUGGGGGCCCAAGUGCCCUGGGAAAGUCCUGUACCGCACCUUCUACAGACCCAAGUACAAGAUUGGCUACAAGACAGUGACUGAGCUGGCAUGGAGGUGCUGCCCAGGACUCAUGGGAGAAGGGUGUCAUGACAGCCCUACCGAUCAACCAGGCCUGCUGCCCCAGCGCCCCAGCCCUAAGAUUCCUCCUGGUCAUAAGAUGUUUCCAGGUCCUAGAGUUCCUCCCCAUCCCCAAAUCCACCCUGAGCCAUUUCCAGGUCCAAAGAAGAACCACUAUGGCAGGAAGAUACCUGGUAUCUUUGGGGACAGGCUGGAUCGGCUGGAAGAGGAGGUAAGGCGCCUCUCGCAGUCCUACGACAGCCUGCACAAUGUGGUGAGCGGGCUGGGUGACCACCUGCGUCUGGCCAUCCAAGAGGACACCAACAAGAUGAUCGGGUCCCUAAUGAACAGCCCAAGUGUGCCUGACUCAACGGUGGGCUUUGGGGUCAUUCCUGACGGGAUUGUGGAUGUGGCUGACAAAGCAGACAUCGCCACCUAUCCACCUGUGGGUGAGAUCCUGGCCAAGGUGAGUGAGGUGAGUGAUGUGCUGAAGACCAGGACAGAUUUGCUCAAUGAGGUGCAUGGCCUGGUCCUGGACCAUGAUGGGCAGAUCAAACACCUGCUGGAGUCAGCUAGGCCAUCACCCCUCACCUCCAUCGACAUGUUGGAGGAGUACAUGGACACCCGGCUGAGCCACCUGCGAGCAGAGCUGCUGGAUGGCUUUGAGAAGAAGCUGGUGAAAAUCCAGAGCACAUGUGACUUCAGGAUCAAGGAGGUGCAACAGCAGUGUGAGGAGGAGAAAGCUGCCAACUUGCGGCUACAGCAGACCCUGGACGGCAAGGAACUGGAAAUCAAGAAGGAGAUCUCCCAGCUGGAGACCCAGAUCCAAGGGUUGACUGUGGUGGAGAGCUGCUGCGGCAACCUGAACUACCUCACCGAGCGCAUGGACAUCCUGGAGAAGGGCCUACACAGCAUCUCCGAGUCCCAGAAGAACCUGCACUCGCAGCUCAAUGGUGAGCUCUCCACUGUCACCCUGGGGAGCCUUGUUGAAGGGCGCUUCGAGGACCUGGAGGCGAGGCUCAAUGCUACAGAGAGAGAGACUGGCAGCUGCUGCUCCAGCUUGGAGGACAGCAUGAUGGGCCUGGUGGGGUCAGAGUUGGAUGGUGUGAGGACCUUGUUUGAGGACAAAAUGAGGACCUUGGAGGACAGGUUCGUGAGCAUUGUGGGGGAGCUGAGCAAUGUCAGCACCCCAGCAGGCCUGGAUGGAGCCAUGAUGCCCUUGCUGGAGGGAGAGCUUGCCAACAUGAGGAAGCAGACAGAUGAGAGACUGGAGGUGCUGCAGAGCCAGCUCACCACCCUGGAGAGCACCUGCUUACUGGGCUGUGCCUCUACUUCCAAAGAUGUGGAGACCUUCCAGACAGAAAUUGAGGACUGCCAGAGCAAGAACCAGGAUCUGCUGCUCAGAAUGGACAGUAACAAUGACUUCCUGCGCAAGCUGAACGCCACCAUCCUGGAGAUCCAGAGGCGGAUUGAGGAGGAGGCAGCCGGCUCCCUGCAAGGUGAGAUCACCCUGCUUAAGAUCAACCUGAAUACUGUGAGCAAGUCACUGACAGGGCUCAAGGACUCCGUCUCCCAGUACUCCAACACCGUGAUGCACGUCAACUCUUCACUGGACGAACACGAGCGCAAGGUAGAGGACGAGGUGCACUCCAUUCAGGAGAAGGUCAGCGACCAAGGCUCGCAGCUCAUCUUCAGCAACAAGCGUGUCCUUAACCUGAAAGGCGACCUGGAGAGACUCAAAGCCAGGAUCGUGAAUGACCUAAGCAACUGCAAGAACGCCGCACACGACCUGCAGAAGGAGGUGGCCCAGUUCGACAGCCGUGUAGCUCAUGUGGAAAACAUGUGCGGCGGGGUUGGUGCCAUGACGGGGAGCCUGGACAUCAUCCGCGAUGAGCUGGAGAAGCACACAGGCAGUCUAUGGGGAUACAUGGACCAUAUGAACGGGACAUUGGCCAUCCACUCUCAGGAAAUAACUGUACUGAAGGACAACUUGCUGGAUUGCCAGGCCAAAGUGACAGAGCUGGCUGAACAGGUCACCCGCUUGGAAGGCACUUCAGAGGGGAAGCAGCAUUAGCUAACUGAAACCCACCUCUCUUUAUCCUUGAAGAACAGAACUAACUUAUAUCACACAGACUCUACUGUGACAAUGGGUUUUUUUUUUAAAUAUAAAUGGAAAGCUGCUAUAAUUCCUUCUCCCAUUUCUUUAAUUUUUUUUUCCUUGCCUGAGAAAAGUGAAAUCCUACAGCCCAAGUCAACCCUUUGCCAAUACUGAACUGGACUGGACUUGACUUCCUUCUGGUCACUUAGCAGCUGUCUUAACAAUGUAGCGAGAUGCCUGGUCAUAGCUGGAUGGUUGUUAUCUAGCUAUGAUCCAGGAAUGACAAUUCAGAACCAAGCUCAAGGCAGAAUCAUUUUGGAGGAUUGAUUGCUUCUGAAAGAUUAAAACUCUGUAUUUGUGAGGCAGGAUGGACAAAUUCUGUUCCUAAAGGAUCACAUGCAUCUUACCCACUGGGGCAAAGAGAUGGUCAGGGAUCUGCCUUUGCAACACCCACAGGGAACAUUUGGAUUUUAACAGGGAAAGCCUUCUGUACCUUGGGGAAUUUUAUUCCCCUUUUUGAUACAAUGGCUUCCAUUCUAUUCAGCUGAACCCAGGUUUUUGUCUCUCAACUAACGCCCAAGCCAAUUUAAAAUUAAAUGCAUUCCCCACCCACCCAUUUUGACAAGUAUCAUAGGGGGAUAUGCAUUAAGACAACAUACAUCUAUACACAAGCAUCUUCCUCCCUCCCCCCCACUCCUGAGUGCAAUGCCUUCGUUCAGCUUCCUCCAUCUUACCAGUUGUGCUAUGGAGCACACAGUGUGCCCUGUUAGAGAUUCAACUAUUUUAAGCGUGGCAUUUUGUGGGAGAGCAUUUUAGGACUGUAUUGGGCCUGAAUUUAACAACAACGGGUGCUGGGGGUCCUGUGUGUUUGCAGACCAAGGACUGCAAAUUGGAUGCAACCCUUUGCUUGUUGCCUCAGUCACAUUGGAACCUAGGUUUCUAAAGAUGAAAAGCCAGGGUACUAAGCCAUGAUAUGUGCAGGUGCUCUUGGGCAGUAAAGCCAUUUAUGGGACAAGAUGCUCCAGGUGUAGAUUUGGAGAAAUAGGAUGUGUGUGUUCCCAGGCUGCACAGGGCAAUGUGUGUUCAUGUUCACUAUCCCAUCGUCACGCAGACAGGAAUGGGCAACUGGAAUCACAUCCACUUCACAUACCACACAGGGCCCCUGAAAGCCUUCUCGUCUAUGUGACUUCCCUAGGGAGGGAUGUCCUUUAUCAAGAGCAGGCAGAAAGUGAGGUAAGAGGAUGUCGCUCACAGUGCCUUUGAAAGCAGAACCCUUCUCGGGGAUAGGUGUGUGUGAGGAGGGGGAGCGGGGGGGGGGUGUUAAUCAAGGGAAGCUCAACUCAGCAGUAUCAUUUGGGCAAUUUCCACAUUUCAUCCAGUUUUCCAUCUGGGCUGGAUGAGGCACAAAAGAGCCCAGUGAAGUGUCAGAUCCUUGAGUGGUUCUGGUGAGCUAGGAAUGGGGAUUCACCUCACAGUGGAACCAGAAGGUGACGGGGCCUCUGCUCCCACGUCUGGGCCAUUUCACAUUAGUACUGUGGCACGUUUGUGACAUCCAAGGACUUUAUUCUGGUACUAAGACUGGCAGGAAAGUUCCUCUGCUACAAGCUAUAGCCCAAGAAACAAGGGAAAGGUUAAACUCCGGUUUCACCUAGAGCACAUGGACUGGCUGGAACUAGCAGCAACCCCCUCUGCACAGACUACAGUGAUGGAGGUCAAAACCCAGCUCCCCCUUCGGAGUUCACAUAGAAACAGCCAGGGUUGCUUGGCUAAGUUGGAUUUAGUCACCAUGAAAAGACAGUGGAGUCUAGUUCAGCUACACUGGCAUUUUAGCCCGGGGGGGGGGGGGGUUAAGCACAUGGUAGCAGCUUACCACAUAGAACAGCUGGAAACAUCCUUUCCCAUGUGAUACAGCUUUAAUGCUAUCCCCGGCCUGGGAGGGAAGAGCAUUUCCCCUUUAGCUGUCUCAACCCGGACAAGUAACUUACACAUUGGAAGCAUGGAGCAGCACAGAUAGCCCUCCACAGCAGUGGUUCUCAACAAGGGAUCUGAGGCCCCCUGGGGGGGACCACAAGCAGGAUUCAGAGGGUCUACUUAGCAGACCCAGCAUUCGACUUGCUGGAGCCCCAGUCAGAAAGCCAGAGGCCCACCAUGAGGCUGAACCCUCCACCUGCAGCUGAAGCCAAAGCCUGAGCACCUUAGCUUCGUGGGAGACCCUGUGGUAUGGGGGCCCCCCAUAACCAAUUAAGAAGAUAAAACAAAUCUCCUACUAUCAAGCUUAUCUAUAGCCAGCGUGAUAGUCUGCAUUUUCAAAUAGCAAGUGGCUGAGGGGAGCAGCUCCCUGGAGGUCAGAAGGAAAGUAGGAUGUUAAAGCUAACACAACUGGGGAGGGGAAAUAGCUUCAGAUGGGGCAGGGGGAGAAGUGGUGGGGAGGCACAUUGCUCUCUCGGAAAUGGUGCUAUAUUUGAACUCCUUUCCGGCCAAUCACUUGGAGAUCUAUGCUUGGACUCAAGUUUAAAACUAAGUAACAUGGUGUUUAAAUGGGCAUUUGUUGCUUUUGCAGGAGGAAUCUGAUUGUAUCUGCAUCUUUGCUCCCUGUUGGAGGCAUGGGGAUUCUGGAGCAGUUGUGAGAUCCUAUUAAAGUCCAUUCUGAAUUGUUUUUUUAAAAACUUUGUACAUUUGUUCAGAUGUUAAAGCUGAAAGAGUUUGUACUAAGAACAGAAAAUAAAACUUCUUGCUGAGGUUUCUGGUAUCAAACGACUCCCUUAGAAUUAACAGAGAGGUGCAAGCACAGGGCUUAGCUUACCGAGUGAGGCAGCCAGGAUUGAGACAUGAGUUAUUUUCCAGAACAAGUUGUUUGAGGGGUGGAAGCUGUGUGGAGGGAGGAUUUGCAGCCUUGUUCAGUCCAUGCUAGUAGAAUUGCUGUAGCAAUCGUUACAUGCAGAAUGCGCUUUAGAAAGCGGUUUUUGCUCACAGGAGCCUGCAGUAUUUGGCACUCUCCUGUUUCUAUUUAUUUCAUAAUUAGGUGUAUG